AUACUACCCAACACCAUGCAGAAAGUACCUGAAUACAUAAUAGUAGCUUGCAGCAGACCAUACGAAUGUGAGUACAACACCAAAGGUCGACAACACGAGAACAUAGACAGAUGUGAUCAGAAAAGCUUUCAGUCUGGUUUAAAGGUUGAUUCCAUACCAUCUCCUUGAGACUCAUUUGUCGAUCUUCAUGAUAUAUAUCUUUGAUGACAAACUAGCAAUUAUAAGCGCGGUGCUGGCCUCUAGGAGAUGGAGAGGUACCAGAUAGAGAAGAGCUAGUUGAAUCAACUCGGCUGGAAAUCCUUCGCUCCAUUGUGGGUGUAUUUCAAAAGGAAAAGGAUCACUCCAAACGUAGAUAAAGUCGUUAAAGAAAUAUACAGCGGCCGGUUCUUUAAGAGUCGCUGAGAUCUGAACCUGGAGUUUUUGUUUAAAUGGCUGAUAGUAAAGCAAGAAAGAGAAGAGAGGAAGGGAGGCCAGGGUGGUGAAGACAAAGAAGUUAGUGUUUGCAGAAAGAGUAAGAGCUUUUCUGAGAAUAUCAGAAGCAUUCAGCUUUUGUUUCUCCAGGAUUAUGUUGCUCUCCAUCUCCAUCUCCAUCUCCAUCUCCAUCUCACUCCUUCCAAUUAAGCUCAAUGCAAUCUAUCCAAAUAUAACCCACAUGAAGUUCCAAAGUCUUCUUUGAUGGGGUGGACUUGAGAUGUGAAGAUUUGACACAUUGUUUUUCGUGGAAUAUAUCAAGUAGAAGGAGACCUCGACUUUUGUCAUUUGGCUCCAAACCAAACACACAUACAUAAGCUUAGUCUUAAAUAUCCAUGAUUGAAUUGGUUAUUCUCCUCAGAAAAACAUUGGAUAAUUGUUAUUAAAAGGAAAAUGGAAAGGCAAAACCUUAUCCAUGUCCAUGAGCCUCAUCUUAGUCCAAGUAGUGCCGCAAACCUUGUUCCUCAUAAUAUUGUUUUCCUUCUUUCUUACCAAUCCCUCCAUUUUCUGUCCCGCAAUGUCGACUGCUUCUCUAUCAAUGGCUUCCACCAGCACUACUUGCUCUUCUUCACUUUGCAACAAAAUCUCCAACUUCUCAAUCACUCGCUCACUCACCCAAGUUCCAACUCACUUACAGCCUCAGUUUAAACCCCUGAAACUCAAAGCCCAUUUCUCUGUCUGCUCUCGCCUCUCUUCUCUCCACCAUUUCCGCCGCCCCUUUUCCGCCUUAGACGGCGUCGAAGUCGAAGUCGAAGAAGAAGGCAAUGAAUGCUCAGAAGGAGAAGAAGAAAAGGACCCACAAGCAGAAAUGCUUAUAGAAGAAGGAGAGGAAGAGGCAAAGGGGGAAGAAGGGUCUGACAGAAGCGACGCUGGGAGGCUCUACGUUGGGAACUUGCCUUAUUCUAUGACUUCUACCCAGUUGUCUGAGAUUUUCGGCGAGGCUGGUACUGUGACUUACUCGGAGAUUAUAUAUGAUAGAGUUACUGAUAGGAGCAGGGGUUUUGGGUUUGUUACACUGGCGAACGUUGAGGAAGCUCAAGAGGCCAUUCGGAUGUUCGAUGGCUCUCAAGUAGGCGGCCGAACUGUGAGGGUAAACUUCCCCGAAGUGCCAAGAGGAGGUGAAAGGGAGAUUUUGGGACCUAAGAUAAGAAAUACUGGCUACAAGGUCUACAUAGAUAGUCCUAAUAAGAUCUAUGCAGGGAACCUUGGUUGGGGCCUGACUUCCCAGGGUCUUAAAGAUGCCUUUGAAGGACGGCCAGGGCUAUUGGGUGCCAAGGUCAUUUAUGAGAGGGGCUCUGGAAGAUCCAGAGGUUUUGGAUUCGUCACUUUCGACACUGCUGCCAAUGCAGAAGCUGCUGUGACUGCCAUGAAUGGAGUGGAGGUUGAUGGGCGGGAAUUGCGACUAAACAUGGCUUCAGAAAGAGCAAGGACUGUAACUGUUACUCCACCUCCAGCAGCAGAAACUAGUAAGGAAAACACAGAGGCCGGUGAAUUGGUUUCUCCCUCAGCAUCUGAACCUUCUGCAGAUGACACUACAGACAAUGUUGAGGUGGUUUCUUCCCCAGCAUCAGAUACAACAGAAGACACAGACAACAGUGAAUUGGUUUCCAGUGUUAGCAUCUGAACGUGUGUAUAAGGAGUGGCUGCUUGAAUGUGAGUUGUGAAAAUAAAUUGCCAAUUCCUUGCCACUAAUUUAUUCUUACUCCUUCACCUAGUCUUUUUCACACAUCUGUACCCCACUUGAACGAUGUAUACGAAUUGCCAAAUUGGUAUCGAUCAAAGGCUCAAAGCAAAAGGUCAUGAUUGUAGGUUUGUAGCCCUCAAUGCAAUGAACUUGAGCAUCAGAAAGGGAAUGAUAUUUGCUUCUUCCUCUUUUUGGGUCUGAAUUGUUAUGCUACUCAAACCUCUUUUUGGCUUCCGGCAUGCGUCCUCGUACCCCAACCAUGCCUUAAAACAUGGGGACUUCUUGUGUUCAUUUUGUCAGCA